AUGACAAGUUCAUCAUCCUCCUCAUCUAGUUUUGAUGUGGUAUGUGGACCGCGUGAAAAUGAUGUGUUGUGGAUGCAAAAGCAACACGAGUCCCAACAUAUUUGGAACGAGGAUGCAGAUAGAAAAUUAAGAAUGAGGCGAAUGAUUCCAACUUAUCACGGUAUAGAACAACCGUCGACAGAAAUUAUUCCUCUGUUACAACAGUCUGGAUUAUACACAACAAUAAAAUUGUGUAGAAUCAAAAUCAAUGGAGGAAUUGUAAAUGCCUUUGUUGAAAGGUGGAGGCCAGAGAGACACAUCUUUCAUUUGACAUGUGGGGAGGCCACCAUCACACUACAAGAUGUGUCUGUGUUGCUAGGUCUUCCUGUGGAUGACAAUCAUUUAAUUGGCAGCACAAAUAUUGAUGGGAUUGAUAUGUGUGAACAAUACCUUGGAGUCAGGCCAAAUGCCAAUGCAUUGGCUGGCGGAAACACAUUGAAAUUAAGUUGGUUGGCUUCAGAAUUUGCAAAUUUUCAGGACUAUGUGGACGACGAAGAGCACCUCAAAAUGUUUGCACGUGCUUGA